GAAAUGUUGGACAGUCAGUUGUCGAGACCAUCAGUACUAUGAUCGAGGGCAGAGAGAAAAGAUCUGAAUAUGGUCGACAAAGUGUCUUCGAUAAGUGAGUAUUAUGUCGCCUUCAGUCUCAAGUGCCUUAAGGUCCUGGGUUUAUGGAAUGCUUAUAACGACCAGCGAAAAUGGGUGUAUCUUGUUUACACAAUAUUCAUUAUUUUUUUAUUAUCGUCGGUAAGAAUCAGCGGAUACAUUGUAAUGGCAUGGACCCUUCGGCAUGACUUCCUACAGCAGACUUUAACACUGUCUUUAGCAUCAGCCUUCCUAGUGGGUUUAAUUAAAAAUAUAAAUGUCAUGCUGCAUUAUUCCGAUAUUAGAUUUAUUGCUGAUACACUGCAUUGGGAGAGAUCUAUGAUUUGUUCAUCAGAUUUCGCUGUUUACAGGGAUCAAGCUCUCGCCAAAACUAUGAGAAAAACAAAAGUCAUUACAUGCGUAUGGGUGUGGGUUGUGAUUUUGAAUAUACCAGUGUUUUACGUCGAUAAUCUGGAUAAGAAUCAUAGGACACUCGAUGAUUUACCAUUGAGCUUCACAUUUUUGAGAUGUUUAUUAAAGCCACUGAAUUUUUUUAUCGUACUUGCAAUUGAUUAUGUAACGUUCGUAAUACUCUCCAUGACAAUUAUAUCAAAUGACUGCUUGUUUCUGAGUCUCAUGCUGCAUAUCGAAACACAGUUGAAGAUUCUCAACUUUCGACUCAGAAAAUGUACCGCCCGGGACUUCCAAAACAGUAAUAGAUUGAAGAAUAUGGAUUAUCACAAUGUCGGAUGCUUCAACAGAAAUUCAGACAGUCAAGGUUCCACUGUUAAUUCACAAUUCAUUAUUUGUAUUCAGCAUUAUCAAAAAAUUUUCAAAAUGGUCCAUGUGUUGAAAAAGGUGUAUGGAUUUAUCCUUUUACCCCAAUUACUUUCAAGUAUGACGAUGAUAACUUUCGUUGGAAUUCACGUAUUUGUGACGAAAACCGUGAAUCUCAGUGAUCCAACUCCCGCUGUACUUAUUGCUCUAACAUUAUCCAGUACAUUCAUUCAGUUGAGUGUAUACUGUUUAGGAGGUAAUAGUAUAAUUGCUGAAAGUGAUCGCACCAGCUCGGCGGUGUAUGAUACCGAUUGGUAUCUGGAGAAUGCCAGAUUUAAAACAACUCUCACCAUCUUCCAAUCAAUGGUCAAACAUCCACUGGGCAUCACAGUUGCUGGACUCUUUGAACUUUCAUUCGUCACUCUGAACAAAGUAUUGACGAAAUCUUACUCAGCAAUGGCGUUGUUACAAAGAGCAACUGUAGCCACUGAUGAAAAUUAAAGAAGAAAGUUAUUACUCGAUCUGCUUGAAGCCACCGCAGGUUAAUUACUGGAAUUUAUUUGAAUGAUACGACAGUAUUAUAUUAUGAGGAGAGCAGAUACAAAUACCUUGUCAUCAUCAUCACGAGCAUUUAUAUCGCAAAAAAAAUUAUAAUCAAGAUCUCUAGUUUGAAUUUUGUU